AUGGAGCUGGAGAGGAAGCUGACUCCGUUGAUAGCAGCGGCGCUAGCGUUGAAAAGUAUUUGUUUGGUUUGGACUCCUCAACUGCACAAGCGAUUUGUGAAGGUUGUUGCGCAUUUAGGAGUGAAGAGCGUUGUUCCUAAAACGAUUAUGCAGAUGAUGAACGUUGAAGGAUUGACCAGAGAGAACGGCGCCAGUCAUUUACAGAAGUAUAGGCUUUUUGUAAAACGGAUGCACGGAUCAUCUAACGAAGGGCCAUCUUCUUCCGAUCCUUUGUUCGCUUCCGCUACUGUUCCAAGAGUUUUCACGAUUCAGAUUAGCAGAUAUUACAUAAAUUUUUCGGGUAGGAUUCAGAGAUUGGGAUACAAGAGAAACGAUCAUUAUUCUUCUUCGGUAGAAAUGUUACAAUUUUGUGUGGAAUGA